CACCGAUCGCUGCAGCGAUCACACGCGGUUUGAAUUUCGCUGCUCCACGGGGAGCUCCCAAAUCAGCUGAUAGCUAAGUGGUUUUUUUUUUUUGUAAAUCUUUAUUUGAAACGGCAGCUAAGUGGUUUUGUUUUUAAUUUUUUUUAAAGGUCAGUGUAACGUUCUCUACCCUUCUUCAUUCAUAUACACCUCAUUUGGGGGUCAUGCUAGAAGAAUUACGUGAUCGUACCUAAGAGUUGUGUUUUAAUUCAGGAAAGUGACAGUAUUGAAACUGACGAAGACUAGCCGGAGGUGCUAUCAAUCGAUCAUCUAAUCCGUAGGACAGGAAGUCACGAUGAGAUCAAUCAACCUGAUCUGCCUUGGGGCGGUCGUUUUAAUUGCCAGCGCUUCGCUAACAGACGCGCAAUGGUUUGGCAGCAACAAAAAGGACAAGGAGAAGGAUCCGAACGUUGCCCUACUUUCGUACGUGCCGGCUGACCCCGAUGCUCCUCCUCCACCUCCUGCAACCUCAACAACCACAACUCCGGCUCCAACGACAACCAAGAAGAAGGGCUUCUUCGGAGGACUUUUCGGUGGCGGCAGCAAGAAAGAUAAGGAAUCAACUUCCACAACAACCACCACAACCACAACAACUCAGGCUCCCACAACUACCACCAAAAAAUCUGGAGGCUUCCUAGGUGGUCUUUUCGGAGGAGGCAAGAAGGAUAAAACCACAACAACGGUAGCUCCUCCAACGACAAAAACAACCGCCAAGGCUGCUGUAACGAUCCCCAGCUCAACGGCCAAAUCCGUCUCCGUAACACCGACAGUCGCUUCUAGUCAAAGCACAGCCAAACCAACGACCCCACCUUCAACUACAACUACCCCCAAAACCCCAACCCCAGCCAAGGACGCCUUCCCUCCACUGCCAUCAGUCCCAACGACAGCCGCCUCCGCAGCUAAACCUCCCCCAAUCCCAUCGAAGCCGACCGUCUCCACCCCCAAAUCGACCGAUGCCUUCCCUCCGCUACCCCCGAAAGCAGGAUCUCCAACCCCAGCUCCAACUCCAUCCUCCACCACCAUUGCCAACGCUUGGAACAAACCGUUGCCGCAGUCUCCGACCGGUGGAAACCGAGUAAGCUUCGUUCCGACGCCACCGACACCUCCGGGAGGUGCCCGACAAGGCACGACUCCUCGAGUGACCGAGGGCAACACCGCUACCGACGAGGAGCUGGCAGCACUGUCCGAGCAGCUCUUUGCCAAAGAUAACAGCAAUCUGAACAAACAUGUUCGAGUUAACUACCAAAGGCAGACGCUGUCGUCGUCCAGUGUAGAUGAGGCACCGGAACCUCUCCUCUCCGUUGACGAAAAGCAAGUUUACGCUGUGCCAACCAUCGACAAGAUGCGAGCCCUGUUCAACAACUACGAACUGGACACCCAGGUCAACGAAUACGUCAGCCCACUUGAGAAGAAGGAAGAGGACGACUUUGUCGAAGCAUUACUGGCAACCACCGUCAUGCGAACGGCAAUGACUUUCCUGCAGAAGAAGGGAGUCGUUACGGCUGACCCGAAGACUCACCAUGAGCUGCUGAAGACCAUCUGGUUCCACUUGUACUCGCGUGGAAAUGGAAAAAUUGGAAGCUCAGGCUUUGAGCACGUGUUCUUGAACGAAAUCAGCAACGGAACCAUGAUUGGGCUGCAUAAUUGGUUGUAUUUGUACGAUCAGGAGAAGGCUGGCAAUCUGGACUACCAGGGUUAUCUGAAGAAGAUGGAUUUGGGAGGCAAAGGAGAAAUCGCCAAAGUUCGGCUGACUUUCAACAAGCUAUCGAAACCAUCGAAUUCGCUGUUCAUCGCUACUUCUCCGGAGCUGGAGUUUGCCCUGUACACGGUUUGCUUCCAGUUGAGGGCCGAUACCGAGUGUCCGUUGGCUUACAAUGGCAAGAAGUUCACCAUCAAGACGUUCACCUUCCGCUACCGGGGCAAGAAUUUGAUCGGCGGUGCCUGGCCCAACUUCUAACGGGAUAACGGCCUUGUCAUAGAUAGUUAGAUUGUUGGUUCGACUUGAUAACAUACUCAGAGUGAUUGUUUGUUUAUUAACGUUUUAAAUGUGCACAUGAAAUUAUCAUUACACCGAUUAAAGCCUUAUUUUGUAUUAUAAUUUA